AUGGAUUUUCCUCAAGACAUUGAGGAUGCUGUUGGUGGAAAUCAGACAGGCAGAGCAGCAUGUGCUGUGUCCAGCCACUUGUCCAUGAAGAAGGACGAGCCUGUUACAGAUGGGCAUCAGGGGGUCAGCACAGGAAGAGUGCUGUCUUAUUCAAGAGAGCUCACAGACAGACUGAAUGAUCCCAGCUGUAAACUAGAGACGUUGAGGUAUGACCAUGGAGGAGAGUGCAGGAUUAAACCAGGACUGAGAAAAUAUGCCUGUGAGCUCACACUGGAUCCAAACACAGCAUACACAAAAUUCUCUCUCUCUGAGGGGAACAGAAAGGUGACAUGGGGGAGUCAGCAGCGGUCAUAUCCUGACCACCCAGAGAGAUUUGACUACUGGCCUCAGGUGCUGUGUAGAGGGGGUCUGUCUGGACACCACCCAGAGAGAUGUGACAGUCUGGGUCAGAGUCUAGUCAGCGCGGGUCAGUCUGGACACUACUACUGGGAGGCUGAGUGGAGUGGUGAUGUAUGGGUAGCAGUAGCUUAUAAAAGCAUGGAGAGGAAAGGGAGUGGGGUGAGCGGCAUCUUUGGCCGUAAUGCCAAGUCCUGGAGUCUGUUCUGCUCUGGUAACAGUUACUCUGCCUGGCACAAUGAUAAGAAGACUGCCAUACCUGCCCCCUCCUCCCGCUCCAGCAGAGUAGGAGUGUACCUGGACUGGCCAGCAGGCUCUCUGUCUUUCUACAGCGUCUCCUCUAACACACUCACCCACCUGCACACGUUCCACUCCACUUUCACUGAGCCCCUCUAUCCUGGGUUUUGGACUCAAUCCUCAGUGUCCCUGUGCCAGAUCACAUGACCUCGUAAUCCUGCAGCAGAGUAGAGCCAUGUUCUGAUAUGCUUGAGAGUGAGAGGGAGGAAAGUGGAGUCUUUUCAUUUGAAUAAUAAAUAUGUAAUCUGUGAAUUGGUUAAAAUGUCUCUGGUUUGUGUAUAUAACAAAGGGGAACAGAAUGUAAUUCAUAGGAAAA